UCCCAAGAAACCCCUAAUUCAGCCAUCACCACUCAUCUACCUCCAUCUUCCUCUCUCAGAUCCAAACCCUAAUUUCUAUUAAAAUUCAAAUCUCCUUUUUAAAAAUUGACAAAUUUAAAUAUAAUUUCUGAAGCUGAGAUGGCGGCAGCCGCGACGAUGGUGAGCUCGGCGGGAGGUUUAUUGGCGAUGCUGAACGAGACUCACCCGGCGCUUAAGUUACACGCACUUUCAAAUCUCAACGCCUUUGUUGAUUACUUCUGGCCCGAGAUUUCCACCUCCGUACCCAUAAUAGAAAGUUUAUAUGAAGAUGAAGAGUUUGACCAAAGACAACUGGCAGCAUUACUUGUUUCAAAGGUUUUUUAUUAUCUGGGUGAACUUAAUGACUCCUUAUCCUAUGCCCUUGGAGCUGGCCCUCUAUUUGAUGUUUCAGAGGAUUCAGACUAUGUUCAUACCCUACUUGCUAAAGCAAUAGAUGAAUAUGCCAAUUUCAAGACUAAGGCUGCUGAAGGGAAUGAUGAAUCUGUGGUGGUGGAUCCUAGACUGGAGGCAAUUGUUGAGAGAAUGCUUGAUAAAUGUAUAUUAGAUGGAAAAUAUCAACAAGCAAUUGGAAUGGCCAUUGAAUGCCGAAGACUGGAUAAGCUCGAGGAAGCAAUUAUAAAGAGUGACAAUGUUCAUUCAACUAUUAAUUAUUGCAUUGAUAUCUGUCAUUCGUUUGUUAAUCGAAGAGAAUAUCGACGAGAGGUGCUUCGUCUUCUUGUUGAAGUAUUCUGGCAAUUGCCUUCUCCAGAUUAUUUAAGCAUAUGCCAACGCCUCAUGUUUCUGGAUGAACCGGAUGGUGUUGCAAAUAUAUUGGAAAAAUUACUACGAUCAGAUAAUAAGGACGAUGCUUUGCUUGCAUUUCAGAUAGCCUUUGAUCUUGUGGAGAAUGAGCACCAAGCUUUCCUUUUGACAGUGAGGGAGAGGUUGUCAAGUCCCAAAUUACAAUAUUCGGAGUCUGUGCAGUCAGGCUCUUCAGAACCAGAUUCUGUACGAGAUCGAAAUGCCACCUCAACAGAAGACGUUCAAAUGACGGAUGGAACUCAAGUAGAUAAUAGUGCGCUACAUACUGAUCCAAAUGAAGCAAUUUAUGCUGAGAGGUUGACAAAAAUCAGAGGAAUUUUGUCAGGAGAGACGUCUAUACAGUUGGCUCUGCAAUUUUUAUACAGUCAUAACAAGUCAGAUCUUCUUACACUGAAGACAAUAAAACAGUCUGUUGAGAUGAGAAACAGCGUCUGCCAUAGUGCAACUAUAUAUGCUAAUGCAAUUAUGCAUGCUGGAACAACUGUGGAUACGUUCCUCAGGGAGAAUCUGGACUGGCUGAGCAGGGCAACUAAUUGGGCUAAAUUCAGUGCGACAGCAGGACUGGGUGUCAUACACAGGGGCCAUCUGCAGCAAGGAAGAUCAUUGAUGGCACCUUACUUGCCACAGGGUGGGGCAGGUGGCGGUGGCAGUCCAUACUCAGAAGGUGGAGCAUUGUAUGCUUUGGGUUUAAUUCAUGCAAACCAUGGGGAGGGCAUCAAACAAUUUCUUCGAGAUAGCCUAAAAAGUACCAAUGUUGAGGUUAUUCAGCAUGGGGCAUGCCUAGGUCUUGGUUUGGCAGCUUUAGGCACUGCCGACAAUGAUGUCUUUGAUGACAUAAAAAAUGUGCUGUACACGGACAGUGCUGUUGCUGGUGAAGCUGCUGGUAUUAGUAUGGGUUUACUGAUGGUUGGAACUGCAAGUGAGAAGGCUGGUGAAAUGCUUGCUUAUGCGCAUGAGACACAACAUGAAAAGAUUAUCAGGGGUUUGGCAUUGGGAAUAGCACUUACAGUCUAUGGAAGAGAGGAGGAAGCUGAUACACUGAUUGAGCAAAUGACACGGGAUCAAGACCCUAUAUUGCGUUAUGGUGGCAUGUAUGCAUUAGCAUUGGCAUACAGGGGAACUGCUAACAAUAAGGCCAUUCGCCAAUUGCUACAUUUUGCUGUGUCAGAUGUGAGCGAUGAUGUCAGGCGGACUGCUGUCCUGGCUCUUGGGUUUGUCUUGUACUCUGAUCCAGAUCAGACUCCUCGGAUCGUUUCCCUGUUAUCUGAGUCUUACAACCCGCAUGUUCGGUAUGGUGCAGCAUUGGCAGUUGGAAUUUCAUGUGCAGGUACUGGUCUCAGUGAGGCCAUAUCAUUGCUAGAGCCUCUGACAUCAGAUGUCGUUGAUUUUGUUCGUCAAGGUGCUCUAAUUGCAAUGGCCAUGGUGAUGGUCCAAAUCAGUGAGGCCAGUGAUUCGCGUGUUGGUGCAUUUAGACGACAAUUGGAAAAAAUUAUUCUUGAUAAGCAUGAAGACACCAUGAGCAAGAUGGGUGCUAUUUUAGCUUCUGGCAUCCUUGAUGCCGGUGGAAGGAAUGUGACCAUAAAGUUACUGUCCAAGACAAAACAUGACAAAAUUACUGCUGUUGUUGGUCUUGCUGUGUUCAGCCAGUUUUGGUACUGGUACCCGCUUAUAUAUUUUAUUAGCUUGGCAUUUUCACCCACUGCUUUUAUUGGUCUGAACUAUGACCUUAAAGUGCCAAGAUUUGAGUUCCUAUCACAUGCAAAGCCAUCGCUGUUUGAGUAUCCCAAGCCAACUACUGUACCCACCACCACUUCAGCUGUCAAGCUUCCUACAGCUGUUUUAUCAACAUCAGCAAGAGCCAAGGCCAGGGCUAGUAAGAAAGAGGCAGAAAAGGGAAAACCAAGUGAUAAGGAUGGGGAUUCCAUGCAGCUAGAGAAUCCUGCAGAUAAGAAGGCAGAACCAGAGCCAUCGUUUGAAUUGUUGACCAACCCUGCCAGGGUGGUUCCUGCUCAAGAAAAAUUCAUCAAAUUUCUUGAAGAAAGCAGAUAUGUGACAGUGAAGUCAGCGCCCUCAGGAUUUGUGCUUUUAAAAGAUCUACGUCCCAAUGAACCUGAAGUAUUGUCUCUCACUGAUACACCCUCAUCUGCAGCAGCAUCGAAUGCUGGUGGAUCAGUCACUGGGCAACAGGGCUCAGCCUCAGCAAUGGCUGUUGAUGAGGAGCCCCAGCCGCCACAGCCAUUUGAAUACACAUCGUGAUUUAUUUAUUUUUUAUCAAAAAAGUUCGAAUCCAUUGGAAUGUUAAUUUCUUGUAAGCAUACAUGGGGAACCUGUGAUGUUUGUGGGGUGGGGGGCGGGGGACCAGAGCAUUUAUUGGAUCACUAUCCUGUGAUUAUCUAGAGUUUCUCUCCUACGUCAGGUGAGAUAGCGAAUUUAUCACUUUUACUUUCGCUGUCGACUUCUUGCUUGUAUCCUCCGGGUAUUUUCACAUGUUCACAAGGUGGGGGAAAGAAUGGAAUCGUUAAGAAACUUCUGUUGCACAUUUCGUUUGCUAUAAUUUUAUCAUCCUAAAUUGUGAAAAUAUAAUGUGAACUCUUGCAAUUGUAUUGUUCAGAGCUGUUCCAAGUUUCCAGGCGACUGGGAUUUAUUUUUUCUUUUCGAUUUUUGCUCUCCAUAGGUUUGGUAACAAUUUCUGUUCACGGAAACUGAACCAGGACUGUUGUAAGACAUAUUUUUGUUUUUCGCUUGCUUAAAAACUUCUGGCCUGUGCAUUGUGCUUA